UUUCGAAUAGUAUCCUAUAAUCUAAAAUCAAUAUUUAUUAUGGAAAUAUGAUAAUGAUUGUAUAAUAUUUGUUUUGAUUAUCACGCAUUUGAACUGCAUAAUGAAUUCAAACGGGACAAAAGUGACCAAAAUUUGUCGUUGUUGCAUGAAAACCGGAGAUUAUAAGGAUAUCACAAUGGAAUACGAGUAUUCUGGACAGAAAGAAGUAUACGAGGAAAUGUUAAGAGAGACGUUUAAUAUUCAGGGUUGUUAUUAUUGUAGAUUUCAGAUGAUGAUGGACAUCAGCAGAUUUGUGAGGACUGCAUCUUAAGGUUACGAGACUCGACUACAUUCAAGCAAAUGGUACUGGAGACUAAUAGAAUGAUUCUGGAGUAUAUACAAACAUCACAGUCAAUAGAUGAUAAAUCAUCAAUAACGAACAUCAAACUGGAAUCAAUAAAAGUUGAGCCCCCGCCAGUUACUGAUGCAUAUGGUGUUGAUGGUGUUGAUGACAACUUCGAUGAUAAUGAGAUUCUUGCAAAUAUAAAACUAGAGUUGACUGGAGACAGUGACGAUGAACUUCCCGAAUCCAAAGUGGAGACACUCAAAACGAGUGAAACAGUUUUGACAACAAGUAAAUGUAAAGCCAGCUAUACUGAUACAGAUAACCCACAAAAGGACUGGUCUAAAAUAACGGAGAGACGCGGCACCGGGCCCAUACUCAGGGAAAUAUCCUUAAAACUCCUCGCUAAUUCCACUAUGUGUGUAUUCCAAUGGCAUAAGAGCCGAUACCGAUGCUUCUGCUGCAAAGAACCCUUCGCAGACAUGGAUUCCUUAAUGAACCACACCACAGAGCAGCACACACUAGCAGAUAUAGAAAAAAUAAUAAUUCUCCAACAAAAUAGACUUGUCAAAGUGGAAAUCUCUCGCCUGCACUGUCGUCUUUGCGAAACACAAAUAGACACUUUGGAAGAUUUAAGAGAACAUCUAAGCAAGACUCAUGGAAUACAGUUUAGACUAAAAGAAGACUUGCUCGUACCAUUCCAAAUUCAAAAUGGUAAUUUGCAAUGUCAAAUAUGCAAAGAAACGUUCAAUACAUUCCGACUGUUGAAUAUACAUAUGAAUAAGCAUUAUCAGAAGCAAGUGUGUCACAUAUGCGGUGCAGGCUUCUCAAAUUUGGUAUUCCUAAAUUUACACAAGAGCAGAUCGCACAAACCUUUGAGAUGUAAAAUUUGCGAGGUGCUGUUCACGACGAAAAUUGAAAAGAAGCAACACGAUACCACAGUGCACGGGGUGAAGUUUGAGAGGAAAAAGCGAUUUCCGUGCCCAUAUUGCAGUGAUCGAUUCUUUCAAGAGAGUUUCAAGAUGCAGCAUUUAGUAGACAAACACGGUAUGGUGAAGCCUGAAUAUGCGUGUACCGUGUGUUCUAAAGUGUUUAUAACAAAGAGUCUACGUAAUAAUCACGUGAAGAAUGUACACAUGAAGGAAAAGAAUCACGAAUGCAAUAUAUGCCACCAUUUCUUUUAUUCCAAAUCGGACGUGGCGAGGCAUAGAGUCACGCACACGGGGGAGAAGAAAUUCUCUUGUGCAACGUGUAAUGGACCCUUUGCAACAAAGGAUUCGCUCAGGCGACAUAUGAAGAGAAUACAUAUGGUCUAGAAUUAAAUUAUAAUUAACAUUGUUUAGUUUUAUUUUUGUCUUCUCAGGUUUAUUCAUGAGUUUGAUUGUUUGUAUUGGUCUGGGUGAUUUAUAUGAAGUUAUAUUUAAUGUGUAUUUAAGUAUUUCUAUCAGUUUUCUAGUACCCGUAACACAAGAUGUGGCUUAGCUUGGUUAUGGGCUAGAUGACGAUGUUUGUUGAUCAUUAUUAUUAACAGAGGUCGCCCAGUUGUCUAAAAUCGACCAUAAUUAACUUAACAUUCAGUAAGACUUAUAAACAAAUAAUGUUAAAGAUAAUAUUUAUUUCACCACAAACUAACAAUAAACAAAAGGGUAUACAUGUGUGUGUGUCACAUACA